AUGGACAACAAGUAUGAACUGAUAAAACCGAUCGGCAAGGGCAAGUUCGCGGUCGUGCACCGGGCCAAACGCCUGUCGGACGAUAGCAUCGUCGCCGUCAAGAAGAUUUCGGUGGACAGCAUGGACGACAAGGCGCGCGAAAAGUGCCUCAAGGAAGUUAGAUUGUUACAAUCGCUGCAGCACGACAACAUCGUGCAGUACCUCGACAGCUCGAUAGAUGGCGACGAGUUGAUCAUCGUCUUCGAGUGGGCGGCGGCCGGCGAUUUGAAGAGGCAAGUGAGAAAGGCCAAUGAACGGGGAAAACCGUUUGAAGAAAGGGUCAUCUGGAAGUACUUCUCGCAGAUCUGCGACGCGAUCACGCACAUGCACUCGCGGCGCAUCCUGCACCGGGACCUCAAACCGGCGAACGUCUUCCUGACGCUCGACGGCACGGUCAAGGUCGGCGAUUUAGGGCUAGGGAGGAUGAUGUCCGAGCACACCUUCGAGGCCCACUCGAAGGUCGGGACGCCGCUGUACAUGUCCCCCGAAGUGCUGAGGGGAGAUGGCUACGACUGGAAGAGCGAUGUCUGGAGUCUGGGCUGUGUCCUGUACGAGUUGGCCGUGCUGAAGUCGCCGUUCAAGGCCGAAGGCUUGGAUCUGUACUCCUUAUUCCAGAAGAUCAGCAAGGGCGACUACGCGCCACCCCCUGAACACUACUCUAGUACUCUACGGGAGCUCUGUGUCAGUAUGUUGAGUGUGGACGCGAAGGACCGCCCGGACGUCGCCCACGUCACAUCAAUAGCAAAUAAGAUGCGGCGGGAGACCAUGUCCGCGGCGGCGGCGGCGCGGGCGGACGCCAAGCGGCACGCGGAGGAGGCGAAGUACCCCGGGAACUAUCGGGACGAGUCCAAGGAGGCGACGCUGGCCGACGGCUGGCCCGGGCAAGCGGAGCGGCCACGGUCGGGCGAGGCGGAGCGGCCGAGCACGCGCGGCGGGCGGUCGCGGCCGGACCGGCCGGCGUCGGGCGACGGCUUCGCCGACGCCCGGCCCGGCACGAGCGGCGGCCGAAGGCCGGACGCGGCGCGGCCGCCGUCCGCCGGUGCGCGACGCGACGACGACUGGGCCGACGCUAGACCGGGCACGAGCUCGGGGCGGCGGCGGACGAGCCCGCCAGACGAGCGACCACCGUCGUCCGCUGGGAGUCGACGGCCCGCGGCGACGCCCCCGGCGACGCACGAUUUUGUGGAGGAGGAGCGCCCCCAGACGUCGGGCGGCCGGCGGCCCCUGUCUGCCGGCCGCGCGCGCGCGGCGGCCAUCGACGACGACGACGACGUGGCCAAGGCCGCGUCGGAAGGGAACCGGAGGCGGCGCCGUCUCCAGGAGGACCAGCCCUUCCACGAGGUGCUGGGCGCCUCCGAGAGCAUUGUUGAGAGGUUAUAUGUGCUCGGCUACGCUUCUAAAAGGAGAGAAAACCACGAGCCUCCAUUACUAAGGACGCACUUCGCGUUGAGUGGCGCGGGGGUCAACCUUCCCCCGGUCGUCCAGUGGGCGGACUGCUGCUCGGCGUGUUUGUUCCUGAUUAGUCUGGUGGGUGGCGACGCGAGGGAAGUGGGCGAGGCCGCGCCGUCGCAGCAAGCGACUGAGGUACUAAAUAGGUGUCACGCCGUCGGAUUCACCGGCCAAGCGAGACCGCCGGAUCUGGCCAAGGGUCAUGGCGCAUCGACAACUCAAGUGCUCGACUUUCUAUCAAGAAAAGCGAUCGAAUCAAUUAAAAUAGAGCCGCCGGACUACUCCCAGGUCGACAAGGUGGAAGACGCCAACGACGAAAGUGACGAGGAUGGUAUCCAGGAGGACUGCGGCUCGUACGUCGAGGACGACCUGCUCGAGGAGGACUACGUCGUCGCCGAGGAUUCCAAGUUCUGCGAGGUCGACGAGAAUGAGGACCGGGCCAUCUUACAGGCGCGGACGUCGGUCAAUGACUGGAAAGUGGAACUGGAGAGGGUCGGGCCUCGACUCGCAAGUAAAACAGUAGCGAAGGAUAGCUGGAGGAGGAGGGUGCUGCUCACGAAGGCGAACGUAGAGAAGAGGCAGGCCAUGGACCAGGUCUAUGCAUAUACGAAGGUCGUCGCUCAGGACGCUUCACGAGCGUGUGAGGAGCUUAGACGAGGCGAGGGCGUCCUUGAUCAGCGCCACUCCGAAAAAAAGGACCAGCUCAUGCAGUUACGAUCGACAUUGGCGGAGAUCGAGCAACAACGAGACGAUCUCGAGAAGAGCGUCGCGACGAAGACGGACCAACUAGGUGUUGUCGUCGAGGAGGCGAACGAAAAGAGGGAUGCCGUCGAAGCCAAGGGAAAUGAUUUAGGCGACUCGCGGCGCCUGGCCUUGAUGCGGGCGGCGCUGAAGUCCUUGCGCGAGGAGUCGGAGGGAAUGGAGAUGAUGUUGGGCGUGGCGUUGGCGCAGCACGCUCAAUGUAUGUUGCGGCGGUCUUCUCUGCCGUCGGCGCCCGAGGCGGAGGGGGACGACUCGUCGGCGAUUUCCGAGAGCUUUUCUUAA